GGAAAGUACCAUCAGGUCCAAUUCUCCUUGCACUGCAGCUGAUCCUUCCAACUCCCAGCCAUGAAAUACACACUCAUCGCCGCUAUUGUCGUGCUGGCUCUGGCACAAGGAACUCUUGCCGUAGAGCAGAGCCCAGAGCUGGAGAAGAUGGCCCAGUUCUUCGAGGGAAUGAAGACUGAGCUGAUGGCGACUGUUCAGAAGGUGUCCGAGACCCUCCAGUCUCAGACCAUCCUCGAGGACGGGAGGACCCAGCUGGAGCCCAUCAUGACCCAGAUCCAUGAGCACCUCGCCCCUCUGGCCACCAGCGUCCAGGAGAAGGUCACCCCCCUGGCCGAGGACAUGCAGCAGAAGCUCAAGCCCUACGUGGAUGAAUUCCAGAGCGAGCUGGAGAGCGUGCUCCGCAAGCUGUUGGACCAGGCCAAGGCCAUCACCCAGUAAAACCUCUAUCAACCGAUAGUUGUGUCAGAUGUCCUUGUUGUGCCACCAGAGCACCGCCUGGAACGAGGUCCGUGGCGGUGACUCUAACACACUUCACUUCCCUGUGGUUCCUUCUACAUCAGAACUGUUUGGGUGUGUUGGAGGGGUGGUAGCGGCCUAAGAUGUGUGCUAUAUGUCAACAGAAGCACAAUAAAAACUACCGAAAAAAAAGUAUGGAUUCAUUGUUUCUAUUCA